GGGAAUUAAGGAGGAAAAAACGCUUCAUAGAAUCAUAGUUCAUAACAGGACCAGAAGCAGUUGAGAGAGAAAAGCAAAGCAUCCCAUCAUCUCCUAGUACUAAUAUAAUCAGUGUUGAAGGAGUGUUCAAUCAUUUGCAAAAAAGCUACUAACUCUCUCUAGAUUUCCCAUUUUCCAAGAUUUUCCAACUUGGGUUUCUCCAUAGCUUCAAAACAUAUUCAAACACAGUGGCACACUGUGUGAUCUUUUGUUCCAACCAGGGAUUAUGCGGAUCAUUCUUCCAUAAAGUUUCCACCUUUGAGCUUCUUCUUUUUAUUUGCUGGUUUUGGCUGGAUUGCAACCUCUCAUCCUCCUUUUUCUUUCAUCCCCCCCUUUUGAUCUGGCUGGGGCAUUUAUUCAAUCUGUUUCUGGGUUCUGCUGUUUGCUAGAAGCUUUCACAGAAUAUUUACUAUACCUAGCUUCUUCAGUAUCUUAGCUUCUACUCCUUUUCCCCACAUUCUGCUGGUGUACUGCUGAAGCAAAGCAGUAAUCUUUCUAACAUAAAAAGAAAACCCAUUUCUCUCUUUUCCUUUCAAAAGAGACUCUUCUCCUCUCUUCGCUCCGGAAAUGCGCAUUUCCGGUGAAAAGGAACAGAUCUUGUUGCAUUUGGACAGUGCAAAAGGGCUCUUCAGAUCAACAUCUCCAAUGAAGCAAGAUCAUGGCACUGAAUUGCAGCUGGACUACUCACCAACAGAACUUUUAUACACUGAUGUCAACGUUGUUCCUGAGCACGAAAGCAACGAGCUUGAGAAGUCAAUACUGAAUCUCGAAGGAGAAAUUGCAGAGCUGAGACUGCAAGAAGUGUGUUUGGAUAAGAAGAGAAGGGAGGCUUUGAAUAGGAUACUAGAUAUAAAAGGCAGCAUUAGAGUUUUCUGUCGAGUUAGGCCAUUCUUGUUAACUGAAAGGAGAGGAAUUCAUGAACCGGUUUCGGUUGACUCGGACAAGGUUGUGGUUAGAUCUGUUGGAAGCAGGAAAGAGUUCAGAUUUGAUAGGGUUUUCCACCAAUCUGCUGACCAAGAUGAUGUGUUUCUGGAGGUUGAACCAGUGCUUAAAUCAGCACUAGAUGGGCAUAAUGGAUGCAUAUUGGCAUAUGGUCAAACUGGGACUGGGAAAACAUUCACAAUGGAUGGCCUCAAUGAUCAACCCGGGAUCAUCCCUCGAGCUCUCGAACUGCUCUUUCGCCAAGCCUCUUCAGCUUCUCUAACAUUCUCCAUGAGCAUGUUGGAGGUUUACAUGGGCAGCCUGAAAGACUUACUUUCUCCUAAAGCAUCAGCUAGAUGCAAUCUCAACAUUCAGACAGAUCCAAAAGGAAUGGUGGAGAUUGAGGGUCUAACAGAAGUUCAACUUCCCAACAUUGCUAAAGCCAAAUGGUGGUACUCAAAGGGAAGGAGGUGUCGCUCGACUUCAUGGACUAAUGUGAACGAGACAUCAAGCAGGUCGCACUGGUAUGGUUUUAGAGGACUUCUUCUCGAGCUUCUCCGUGUGUGCAAUAGCUUGAUGAGGAUCACAAUCUCUAGACACGGCGAAAGCAAGCAAGGAAGUAGGCCAGAAGCGAGCAAAUUGUGGAUGGUUGAUCUUGGUGGAAGUGAGAGAUUGUUGAAGACAGGAGCUACUGGAUUGACCCUUGAUGAAGGAAGAGCCAUAAAUCUCUCUCUUUCUGCACUUGGCGACGUUGUUGCUGCUCUUAGAAGGAAAAGAGGCCAUGUUCCUUACAGGCAUGUCCUUCAGUUCUUAUUUCAGAUGCAUCUCUUCUCUUUUUUGACCAGCCACAUGGCCUCAGAAAAGCUUUUCAGAUUAUCCACUCUUUGCCAACCUGAUUCCAGACUAUUGUUCAAUUUUGUUCUUUGCAGAAAUAGCAAGCUAACUCAGAUACUGAAAGAUUCCUUAGGUCAUAGUUCAAAAGUUUUGAUGCUUGUGAAUAUAAGCCCAUGUGAAGAAGAUGUGGGAGAGACAAUCUGCUCUUUGAGCUUUUCAAGUAGGGCAAGAGCAAUUGAGACUGACAGAGAAAUUUCAGAGGAUAUAAGCAAGCAAAGAGAGAAGAGAAUAACAGAGCUCGAACACGAGAUGAGAGAAGCAGAAGAAGAAUGCCAGAAGCUCAGGAACCAAAUCAGAAAGGCAGAGUUCCUCAUCCAUGAAUACAGAAAGCCUUCAUAUCCAGACAAGGAAGACAUAUCAACAGCUCAUGAAGAAAACAGAAAGGAAUCUGAAAACCCAAUCCUGCAACCUACUGAAAGAGGAGUCAAGAGAAACAUCAUUAGCUCCCUUCCGAGAUUCAUGACCUCUACUGCUGCAAGUCGCCAUAGGCAAAGUGCUGCAGAAAGAGAAGUGGUUGGCAAGGCAAGAAGUUUGAGAUCAGAGGCCAGAAGCUCUGCUCAGUUGUCAUGUUCUCAAUCACUCAGUUACUCAGACAUUCGUCUCAAAUCAGUACUACGAGGUGAUUCGAACAAGAAGUCAAGGUAUGCUGACACGAAACAAAACCUUUCAGAUAGCCCUAAAGCCAAAUGCAGUAGCUCAGACUCAAAGGUUGCUUCCAUGCCAAGGAACAAGUUGGUAACUUCAUCAGAUCCUAACUUUAGAACUACAAUAGCUAAUCACAGAAGAAGAAUGUCUGAUCUCAACUAGCCAUAACAGAUGCUGCACAUGGUGUUUCCUGCCAUCAUGAAGCUGGUAACUGAUUCUGGUGUUUGUGUGUGGCGUGUGUAUUUGGUUUUGUGUGCUCUGAUGACUGAUCUAGAAAAGAGGGGGGGUUCUUUUCUAGAUUUGAUUUGUUUAUCAUUGGCAUUGUUUAAUAGGUUUGGCUUGGUUAAAAGUAAAGGCAAAAUGGGGGGAGAUCUGUUGAUUAUUUGCUAACAUGACCUACCCCCUCUGCCAGCCAGCAUAUGCUUUUUGUUAGGAUUGACAGGUAUUGAUGUUGUUAAUCACUCAAUAACAUAAGAGAUGAUGUUCUUGCUUUUUACCCCUCUGACAGCAUAUGCAAAGUUCAUUUUUUCUGAC